GUGCAAAUAGAUCUCUCUCUCUCUCUCAUUCCACGCUCGCACGUGCGACAGUGGUUGUGGGACCCCCACUAUUUCGCCUCGGACGUCACGUUCCCAUUGAGGGGAGGGGUGGGGGCCACUGUUUUUGGAAUGUAACGCGCUCUCUGUCUCCGUGUCUCCCACUGUUUUGACCGUACUCGGCUUACGUGGCAACCCUUUCGCACGGCCACCAAAUAUCCGUUACAGUCAAAAUCCUCGCUGUCGCCUGUUAUAUAUAUAUGCGCGCGCACACACACACAUAUACAUAUGUAAUUUCCAGGAUUUGCCUCCUGCGGUUGUUCUGUGCAUUUACUGAUAUGCCCCUGGAAAAAGGAAAGUGAUUGGAAGCGUGAUAGACUGUUUCUCUUGUCGGUUAAGCAAAAAGAAAAAAUAUUUUUGGAUAAAUCUAUAAUAUUUUUGUUUUUUUCAUAAAAAUUCUAGAAAAAAAGAAAAAUAAAAAAGAAAAAGGAAAAUUAUAUAUAAAGAUCAAAAUGAAAUCCAACUAAUCAAAGGAACCAAAAUUCUGCCAUAAAUGUUUUUUUAUUUUAUUUUUAAGAUAUAUAUAUAUAUAUUUGAUGGUCAAGUAGUCUUUUUAGACAAGGAUUUUUCUCUCUCUAGAGAGUUUGACUUUCUCUCUCUUACUAUUCUCUAUCCCAUAAACUUUUUAACCCCCCCAUUCCGCCAUACUUGCUUUUUGCUCUAUUUCGCAUAGACUCGCCACCACCACUUUUGCAUGCUCUGCUUCAUCCCUUCUUCGUUCUCUCCACUUUUUCUCUCUCAAAACUCCAAAAAUCUCUCUCUCUCUCUCUUUUCUCACCUACUAUAAACACUCAGAACAAAAAAGAAGAAGAUCACAGCAAAAGCGAAGGUCUAUCAACUUCUUCAAUGGCAGUUGAAGCAACAGGGCAUUUCAUGAAUAUUUUCCCUUCUCAACUCAUCGCAAAUAGAGAUAAAUUCAUGAAAAUCAAUCGAGAAAACGGAAGUAUACUGGUUACCCAGAUGGAUUCUUCAACUACUCUGCCUUUGCCUGAAACUCUCUUACCCUUUUAUCAAUCCUCCUCUCCUGUUUGCUUGGAUCCGAAACCUUCAUCGCUGAACAAUUCCGAUAGCGGUCUCACCUGCAACAACAUUCCUCCUUCUUAUGCUACUCCUCGGAAACGCCAACGGGAUUCGAUGAUGAUGAGUGCUCCUCAUCAUCAUCACGAAUUCAACGCCAAUUUCAUACGAUCUCAGAAAACCAAACUCUCCGGCAGCUUUUUACCGUUGCUCGACAACGACAUUGUCUCCCAGAUCCAACUUCAGCAAUCCGAGAUCGACCGCUUCAUCAUCCAACAUACGGAGAAAGUGAAAUUGGAACUGGAAGAGCAGAGAAAAAGGCAAUCGAGAAUGCUGGUGUCGGCGAUUCAACAAGGGAUCACCAAGAAACUCAAAGAGAAAGACGAUGAGAUACAGAGGAUGGGAAAGCUCAACUGGGUUCUCCAAGAGCGAGUCAGGAGUCUAUGCGUCGAGAAUCAGAUUUGGAGGGAUUUGGCUCACACCAACGAAGCCACAGCCAAUUCUCUGCGCAGCGAUUUAGAACAGGUCCUCGCCCACGUAGGAGAAGAACGCAGGGCUUCCGCUGCCGCAAACGGCCAAGCGGCGGUUGUUGAGGACGAUGCAGAGUCGAGCUGUGGGAGCUGCGGUGAAUCAGGGAGGGAGGAGGAGAUUGGGGUGGUUCGGGCGGUGGUCGGAGAUGGGUGGUCCGGUGAAGAUUCCGGCGAGGAGAGGAAGAGUAGUUGCAGAGGGUGUGGGGUAGGGGAGUCAAGGGUGCUGUUGCUGCCAUGCAGGCAUUUGUGUUUGUGUACGAUGUGUGGGUCCACCCUCCGCUCUUGCCCUGUUUGUGGUACUGUCAUGACCACUAGUGUCCAUGUUAAUUUUUCCUGAGAAAAAUUUUGUUUAUUUUUUUUUUUAACCACCCCAUAAAAAAGAAAAAAAAGAAAACACAACUGAAAAUACUUUUCUUUUUAUUUUUAGUGGAAAAAGAAAAAAAAAAAAAGGUACAGAUUUGGAUGAUUGAGCUGUA